AUGGUCUAUUCACCCGUCGUCGCUUUAGGUUUUCUGGGUGCCCUGCAGGGCAGGAGCGAGGUCUAUUCUCGACAAACGAACGCGACGGGCUGUGCGACGGGCGUGCAUAUGAUUGUGGCCCGGGCCAGCACCGAACAGCCGGGCACGGGAGUCAUUGGCGCCAUCGCGAACAACAUCCAAUCGCAGGUUCCGGGGUCCGACAUCGUCCCGGUCGAUUACCCUGCGCUGCUGAAUCCUUACCAGCCGUCGCAGAAGGCUGGUGUCACGGCGAUGACGAAGCUGGUUCAGGACUACGCCAAGGCGUGCCCUCAAACGAAGAUGGUCCUCAUGGGAUACUCGCAAGGAGCACACGUUACUGCCGAUGUUCUUUGCGGCACAAGCGAGACCGGGUUCGAGGCAACAGAGCCCCAGGCUACUGACGUUACGGAUAAAAUCGCCGCCGUUGUCCUCAUGGGCGACCCAAGCCACGUGACCGGGCAGCCCUUCGAUCAAGGAACCAGCCAGAAGAACGGCAUCUUUCCAAGAACCAAGACUGCCGGGUGCGAUGCCGUCUCCAGCAAGAUGGCCUCCUUCUGCAACAGCGGCGACCCGUUCUGCGACAGCGGGGCCAACAUCCAGGUUCACCUGAGCUACGUCCAGUCUGAUGGAGACGCAGCCACAAAGUUCAUCAUGUCCAAGGUCGGCGGCGGCGCUGCGGCAUGA